CCCCGCUCUCAGGGCACCUUCCUUGGCGCCUUGACCAGCUUUGGUGUGCGAUUGGCGCUAUUCUAUACGCUCUUUGCGGCUUUGUGGUCUUGCUCAAAGCAACCCUUCACAUUCAAAUUCAAUCCUCGAGACAAUUCCCAAGUCUGUCGAACAUUGGCACAAAGCAAAGCAGCCUUGGAGCCGCACUACCAAGCGGCAUGGAAAGACGUUGAGCCUUGGAUCUCUCCGUACGUCGAGCCCGUCGCUCCUUACUACAGAAGCGCGGUCAGGUUUAGCAGCCCGCAUGUAAAGGCUGCCAACAAGAGGGGUCAUCUGCUCUGGAAGGCUCAUGGGGAGCCGGUCACGAAGCGUCUUGUCAAGCAAGCCCACACCUUUGCUGCGCCUCACAUCAAGACAGCAAGAGGACACUACAAGAAGAGCGUCAAGCCUCACGUAGACACGGCCCAGGCCACCAUCAAGCCAUAUCAAGAUAUAUACGCGCGAGAUGUGCACCCCUACGUCCUCGAAGCGCAAGUGCUCUCCGCUCGGCUCUUCCACCAAUCUCUGCGCACGUAUCAGAACGAUGUGCAUCCUCGUCUGCUCUCCGCACUGGCUGUGACGCACAGAACCUACGUCACUCAUGUGGAUCCGGCUAUCCGGAGGGGCUACAGCGUGUGGGUGCGGCCUCAGGUUGAAAAGGUCCUCGCAAGGCUGUUCCAGCGCAAAGCGCACGCUGUCGGAACAGAAGCUAUCGAUCAGGCGUCUGUUCGCGCGAAAGAUGCCAGGAGCGAAGGUCAAGUGAAGGCGAGUCAGGCCGUCGAAGCUGCACAGGCCUCUGCACGCAGAGCUCAGGAAGACCCGACGAUCAUGGAUCGCCUAAACAAGGCAAAGGACGCCAUCUCUGGCAAGAAGCCAUCUCACGAAGAUCCCAUCCAAGCCGCGGCUCUCGAUGCAGAGCUGGACGCAGAGCUAGCGACUGUGAAGAAGGAACUCGAGGCGUGGGAAGAUGGCAUGCUGAAGCUCAUCGAAAAAGAGUACGGCCUCGUCACUGAGAGGCUGGCUGAACUGCGUAAUGGCCGGCUUGCGGAUCUCCCUGAUAGAUUCGCUUCUCUGACAGAGAGCUUCGUUGAAGACGAAGUGGCUACCGCUCUCUCCAAAUUGGAGCGCAGCUUCCGCAAGAUUUCCAACGACCAAACCAUCGAAAGGGUCGCGGAGCGUGUCGAGAAAGCACGCGCGGAGACCGAGGUGCAAAAAGACAGGCUCUCAGCCAGCCGUGCAGCUUUGGAAGCCUCGCUGAACGCCUAUGCGGGCGAGUUGGAAGCGGAUGAGGAGUCGAGCAUCCAUGCGAGCGUUGCUGAAGUCAAGAGAUUUUCGGACGAAGCCACAAAGUUCUUUGUCAAGACGAUGGAGAAGGCCAAGUUCACCGCUACCGAGGAAGAGUGGGAAGGCUGGGCAAGUGGACUCUCUGUGCGUGCUGAGAUGUACGAGGAGGAGCUUGAAGCCGUGAGGAUUGGCGAACGCAAUGUUCGAUCGGGCAUCAAUGCCACCGAUUUGGCAAAGGAACCUCAGAUCCCUCCUCGCAUCGCAGACCUUCGCAAGUCUGCCACUUCUCUCUACGCAUCAGCCAUCAAGGAGCUCGACCGCUUUGCUUUGUCCGCCGAAGCGCAGCUUCGCGGAGAAGGAGUGCAGACGUCCGUCGGAGAAGCGACCGAAGCGGUGGCUGAACGUGCGCAGCAACUGAGCGAGCAAGCAGCGGCUGCCAUGCUAGGCGCUGCAGCCGCCGCACGAGCCCGGCUUGGCUUGGCACCGAAGGAUGAUGGCAUCUUGGCUCGGGUCAGCGCCAAAGCUGGAGAGAUGGCCGACGCUGCUGCUUCUCAAGCCGCGGACGCUGCAGAGCAGGUACGAACGGUUGCGAGGAGCGCCGCUUCUGCUGCUGGGGCCACACCUUCUCCUGAGGGCGUGCGUGAGCACGCAGAGUCCCUCUUUGGAGUGGCGACUGACCAGGCUGCGUAUGUUCAGGACGUGGUGGCGGAGAAGGCCGCAUCUGCCAGCGCCGAGUACCUUGCGACGAAGAGGGAGCCUUUGGCGGAGAGUCUGUUUAACGCUGCCACUUCCAGCGUGGGCGAAGCCUACGAGAAACUCGCCUCGCAGGCCAAAGAGGCCACGGCUGCUUUCCAGCCUAGCUCCACGGGAUAUGCAGAAAGCCUUUUCAAUGCAGCGACCUCCAGUGUCGGCGAGGCCUACGAGAGAGCCGCUUCGGCCGCUUUUGAACCCGAGCAAACUCCUGUACAUCGGCAAGUUUUCGAUUCUGCAUCUCGAGUAGCAGAAGGCGCAGCUGCUGUCGCUGGCGAAUACUUGGCCAACGCAGGCGAGGCAGCGGGCAGCGCACAAGACGCAGCCAUCUCUCAACUGCACUCUGCCACGCGGAGCGCAGCUUCUGCGGCGGGCUACAAACCUACCCCUGAGACUCCUGGCGAAUAUGUAGAGCACGUAUUCGAUGGCGCUUCGUCCGCGUACGCCGACGCUGUCGAUGCUGCUGCCCAGGCCUACUCGAACGCUCAAGAGUUUGCGAAUCGGGCUGGUGAAGAAGCAAUCUCGCGUCUUCAUACUGCUAGCCGCAGUGCUGCUUCUGCCGUGGGAGCCACACCAAGCCCAGAGAAUGCCGCGGACUAUGCCGAAAAGAUCUUCGAGGGCGCUUCGAAGGCCUACGAGGAUGCUGGAAGCGCUGCUUUCAAGUACUAUGCGGAUGCGAGCGGAGCUGCAGGAGAGGCGCAAGAGGCUGCCAUUUCUGCCCUGCACUCUGCCACCAGAAGUGCUGCGUCUGCUGCCGGCUACAAGCCCACGCCAGAGACCGCUUCAGAGUACCUGGAAAAUGCCAAAGACGCCCUCUUUGCUGGAGCGAAAGCUGGCCGCGAGGCUGUUGCAGGUGUUGUGCCUGGAUCUGGCAGCGAGCCCGAGGUGCCCGCCGUCGAAGCGAAGCAGGUGGACGAGGACUUUAAUCACGUUGGAAAGCUGUUCAAGGGCGGUGUGGACUCCAUCAAGAGCGCUGCUGCCCCUAUGGUCGAAGGCGCCUCUUCCAUUCUCGCCGAAGGUAGCGAAAGCGCCGCUUCUGUCGCAUCGCCCUACGCGAGCGGUGCUGCCGACGCCUUGAGCGAAGCGAGCAAGAGCGCUGGAUCAGUCGCUGCGGAGGCUAGCAGCGCUGGCGAGUCUCUCUUUGGCGAAGCGGGUUCCUACGCAGCGGCCGCUUCUCAAAGCGUCGUUUCCGCAGCAGGUGGGGAAGUGAAGCCGACGGAUCUUGUCGGAACAGCAUCGUCCAUCGUCUCUCAAGCUACCGCAGCCGUCGUGUCUGGCGCAUCAGACGCGUCUGAACAAGCUUCCAGCUUUUACGAAUCCCUCAGCAGCGCGACGCGGUCCGAGAAGAAGCAGCAGGGCCACAGUGUGCAGCCUGAAGGAGUCGCCGAAUCGGCUUAUGCCGCGGUGGGGAAACAGGCAGAGGCGGCCCUGGAGAAAUUGAGAGCGGCGAAUGCGAGAGAGGAACGCAGGAAGGCUAGAGGAGUCAGAAGCUCGGAGGAGUUGUAAACGUGUAUGCUGGCAGGGGGGGUUAGCCCGCAACCGUUCAUCGCCCAACGUGCAGCGCUCCAAGGCCAAGUUGCGCAGCCCGCUGGAUUGAGGCCCGAGAGGAUAAGAAGGAGGCAUCACCUCUUUGCCACUUUCAGCUUUAUCGCAAUUGUAUAUACACGACUUGCACUUGUCGAAGCGAGACGU